AUGACCUCUAUCAAGCUCUUUUUUGCUGAUGAAUGCCGUAGAAUUCCACAUGCACCUCCCACCAUCAUCCAGCUUCGAGAAAAAAUAAAAGAAUUAUUCGGAGUUGAAAAUCCACUUAUCCAAUACAAAGAUGAAGAAGAUGAUUUAAUUACAAUUCAAACUCAAGAAGAAUACACCGAGCCUCUCACUUCAACACGAGGGCCAUUAAAGCUAUAUAUCAGUCAGGUAGUCAACUUCGCAUCAAUCCUCGCAAGUGUUCCUUUAUGCAGUUCUGAUGCUGGCCACGAAAGUGAAGAAGACAUUGAAUUGCUUGAAUCUGGAUCAGCAGAAGUUGACGCAGCUGUGCCAAAUGCUGUUGAAAAAUCAAUAGAAACAGCAGAAAUUGAGUAUCAAGAAGUAGGGAACUCAGUUAUUGUUCCACAAACAUCAGAGCAAGCCAGCAAUACAAGUUUGGUAACAGAAGAAAAAGGGAUCAUUACAACUGAUUUUCAAAUGAUUGAUGAAUCCUGCUGCUCAAAAGUAGAAACUGCUGAGAGUGGCUGUGAUGCAAAAAAAUUCUCGUCUCAAAAUAUAGAAACUGUACCUUUUCAAAUUGAAAGCGUGGAAUCAGAAACAGUGGCAAUUCCUAUGAUAGAAAAUUCUUCUAAUACUGCAGAGCUGCAAAUGAAAGAAGCAGGGGUUGGCCCUAGAAAAGGAGGGGAAAUAGGAGUCCAAAGCAUUGAAGCCAUGCCAGGACUGCUUGAAAGUUUAAGAAGUAUCAUUAGAGAAGAAAUUGGGAGCCUAGAUAAGCUAAAACUGUCAGGUUUACAAGUUGUGCACCAAGUAGAGUGCAGAAUAUGCCAUACGAAGCCUAUAGUUGGAAUUAGAUAUAAAUGCCAAGAGUGUGGGUUUAGCCUUUGUGAAGUUUGUGAGGAUUCUUUUGACCAUGAGCAUCCGAUGUAUAAGAUGAAAAAAGCUGAGGAAGCUGCAAUAAAACUUCCUCCCCCUCCACCCCCAGUUUUUAAUCUGCCUCAUCUGCUGCCUAAUAUUGAAAAAGAGCCAGCUAAAAAAGUGAUUGAACCUCCAAAGCCUAUCCCUGCUAUACCAGCUCCUAUUAAAUAUCCUGAUAUUGAACCAAUAAAACCACAAAAUCCAAUCGAAGAAAUUAAUAGAGUUAAUAAAAUGUCAGAAAGGUUCCAAAAAGCCAAACAAUUGGAAGAUCUAGGUUUCAAAGAUGCAAAGAAAAACCUAAGAGCACUAGAAAAAGCUAGCUAUAACCUGGAUCAAGCAGUUGAAAUAUUAUUGGAAGAAUAA